GCGGCCGCGACCCGGAAUGGCGGCGGCUACGGACUCAUUUUCCCGCGGCAGUUCGGCGGCCGUACGGCUGCCGACGUCGCCGCCGUUCAAGGUGCUGGCGGAGCAGCUGCGGCGCGACGCGGAGGGCGGUCCCGGCGCCUGGCGGCUGUCGCGGGCGGCGGCGGGCCGCGGGCCGCUGGAGCUGGCGGCCGUGUGGAUGCAGGGCACGGUGGUGGCUGCGGGCCGCGGCGAGGCGCGGCUGCGAGACCCGAGCGGGGCUUUCUCGGUGCGCGGCCUGGAGCGGGUGCCGCGCGGGCGGCCCUGCCUCGUCCCAGGGAAGUACGUGAUGGUGAUGGGGGUGGUGCAGGCCUGCAGCCCCGAGCCCUGCCUGCAGGCCGUCAAGAUGACCGACCUCUCCGACAAUCCCCUGCACGAAAGCAUGUGGGAGCUGGAAGUGGAAGAUCUGCACCGGAGCAUUCCUUAGGCCGGGUGGCUCUCCUGGACGAGGCGCUUCCACUCGUCGGGAGUUUCGCGGAGCCCACUGCCUUUGUUCACCCUGCAAGCAGCAGUUUUAAAUGCCAGAUUCUUGAAUUAGCUCAGCCUCCGCUGCAAGGACUGUGUUUGCUGAUGAAAAGCAGAUGCUGUUUUGGUUUUUUUUUUCCUACUUCAUUUUCAUUUCCCUCUCCCAAGCUCACUGCGAUCUCAUGUUGCAUUUUUUUUUGAAAUUCUACGAGUAACGAGUGACGACACCUUCUCCGUGACUGCUGGGCCCCUGUUUUAAGAUGUAAAAUUUGAAUCCCCGUCAUUGCCCACUGGUUAGAGUGCAGUUAUGCCGGGAAGGAAUGCUGCCACGGCCCUCGUCCCUCCACUGAGACCUCCGCUCCAACGAAUGCCACGUCCAGUGUGCAAGUUCAUGGACGUGUUCUCUUCCUGCAGCCCCGGGAGGGAGCCCAGGGCUUCACGCAUGCUUGGCAGCUGCUCUGCAUGGGGCUCCACCAGCCCUGAAUCGCUGUCUGAGGGCAGACUCAGUGGCCCCUCGCAGACAAAGCUCUCUUCCUGCUUUGGGUGCAACACAGACACUGAAGGCCCGCUACCCUUAGAUAUGGAACAUGGUUCUGUCCUCCUGCACUUGGAAAUGCUGAGACAGACAUUUUCCAAAUUUCUCUCUGAAACUAAAAAACCAAGGUAGGUGACAACUCACAGGCAUCAACCAAGCCAAUGCUUCACCACCUGCGGAGACAGCUGGGGAGCAGCCUGGGCCUAGCAGGGACAUCUUUUCUAUGGAAUGACUUUCUGAUGUGACUGUACUGAGUGUCAGGUUGUGUUCUCUGCUCAGGGCCCAUGCUGGCUUCAUCUUUAGAGUGUAAAUAUCGAGGGAGUCACAUUGUGUUCCAAUAUCACUGUAGGAUUUCGUCUGGAUUAUUGAUUUUCUACCACUAAUAAAUUUUUAUGUGCUAUA